AUGUCCAUAGCGAGUAUGAGCAGUGUGCCGUUGAUCGUCUCACCGCGACAGCUCAGCAAGGCGCUCGAGAGCAGGGCCAGACCGAUCCGCUUGCUUGACUGCUCAUGGCACAUGCCCAGCUCGCCCCGAGAUGCACUCGCCGAAUUUCAUGAGGCUCAUCUGCCACAAGCUCACUUCUGGCCGGUAGACGAAGUCGCCGAUGUCGCUCAUCCCUCUGGAGUGCCCCAUAUGCUCCCCCCGGCCAGCGUAUUCGCACGAGCGGCCAGCAAGGCCGGCAUCCAGCGCGACGAUUGGGUCGUCGUCUAUGACUCUGUCGGCGUCUUCGCUGCCCCGAGAACGUCUUACACCUUCAGAGCCUUCGGUCAUCACACCGUAUCUGUCCUAGAUGGCGGCUUGCCCCGCUGGAAAGCAGAUGGCCAACUCCUCGAGAGCGGCGAGCAGCGAGAGCGCGAGCCUUCCGGCUAUCCCCAACCUCAGCUCGAUCCCUCUCUCGUUCGGUCUUUCCAGCAAAUUCUCGCCAACACUCAUCGCGAUCCUAGCAAGGAUUCAACUGCCGAGAUUGUAAUGGAUGCCCGACCAGCCGCACGAUUUGACGGCUCUGCGCCAGAGCCUCGUCCGGGACUGAGCUCAGGCCAUAUGCCUCAUUCGAUCUCUGUGCCCUUCUCUUCGCUACUCGACAGCUCGCAGGCCGGUUAUACCACUUUACGGACUGCUGACGAGCUCCAGUACGCCUUCAUCGAUGCACUCGGCGGUGCUGCCGCUCUCGACCAGCUCCGUGCGGGCAAACGCUCGCUCAUCACUUCAUGUGGGAGCGGCAUGACUGCGGCCAUCAUCUGGCUGGCGGCUAAACUCCUCGCCAUUCCAAAGGUGUCCAUCUUCGACGAGGUCAGUAUGAUUCCGGAGCGCUUGUGA